UGCCGGAAGCCUUACAGUCACUAGUGAAAAAUGGCUUACCAAACAUUCCAGCAGGAAUAUUUACAGAUCCCUGUGGUUACACGGACAUACACGACCGCAUGCGUGCUCACUACCGCGGCUGUUCAAUUAGAACUUAUUACUCCUUUCCAACUGUACUUCAAUCCAGAUUUGAUAUUAAAGCACUACCAGGUAUGGCGACUUGUGACCAACUUCCUGUUUUUUGGUCCGGUUGGCUUCAACUUUUUAUUCAAUAUGAUAUUUUUAUACCGGUACUGUCGAAUGCUGGAAGAGGGCUCGUUCAGAGGCAGGACUGCUGACUUUGUCUUCAUGUUUCUCUUUGGGGGCCUUCUCAUGACUAUAUUUGGCAUGUUUGUGAGUCUCGUGUUCCUGGGGCAGGCUUUCACCAUCAUGCUGGUGUAUGUGUGGAGCCGACGCAAUCCCAAUGUGCGCAUGAACUUCUUUGGCCUGCUCAAUUUUCAGGCUCCGUUCCUGCCGUGGGUGCUCAUGGGCUUCUCCCUGCUGCUGGGCAACUCCAUCAUUGUGGAUCUUUUAGGCAUUGCAGUGGGACAUGUGUAUUUCUUCCUGGAGGAUGUAUUUCCCAAUCAGCCAGGAGGUGGCAGAUGGCUAAGGACCCCUUCCUUUCUGAAAAUGUUGUUUGACACAGCAGAGGAGGAUCCCAACUACAACCCCCUCCCCGAGGAGCGCCCAGGUGGCUUCCCCUGGGGUGAGGGUCAGCGGCUUGGGGGCUAGGCUCCACAUCCCUCCUACACGGACACCUACUCCAAGAGUGAGGGGAGGGGAGGGAAGGGGAGAGGAGUGGUUCCAACUCGUGUCUCUUGUGCUGUAUGAAGAGGCAGGAGCUACAAUAACUGGGCCUGAGUGAGGCCUUGGGCGUGGGCAGGUUUGCUGCUCUCAUCCCCUCCCCAACCCCCUCCGGCUGCUUGCAAGAACCAGACUGAUGCUCAAACGCAGGACAGGUGUUUGGGUUUGACACAGAACAGGACUUUCAGUGCUGUUGCUCUACCUUUUUAUCCCCCCCCCCCACCCUCCCCGUCGUGCAAUCGUGAACACGAAUGUGGAGCUACUGCAGAAAGGUUGGAUUGACUAGGGCAAGAGCAACUGUAAUUUUACUUUUUUUAAAAAACAAUUAAUAAUAAAUGUAUAUAAAAUGUGCAAGUA